AUGGAUCAUUACCUGACAACCUACAGGAAGGACUAUUUAUGGCCCAACCUGCCUGGUACCACUGAACAGCUACAGGCUAGUGGUGCAGGAGGUGGUGCCGGAGGUGGGGGCGGUGGCGGUGGUGGUGGCGGCAUUGGAGGACCUGGCUUGGCAGAUAUUUCAAAACUCUCCGGGCAGGAGUUAGCAUUCUACCAAGCAUGUCUACAACACUCCCGGCCGCCGGACUGCCGAUGCCCCCAGUAUUCUGGGGGGGAGAUGCCUGUACUACCACCUGGGAAGGAAGGAGGAUGGAGUCGUAAUGAGAUUAUGGGACCAAUGUUGGAUCCGAAACUAUAUCCAGUCCGUGUUGGAGCGGCUCCAGAAACACCUACAUCGCGAUAUGAUCAACCAAAUGCAUUCUUGGAUAAGUUACAAUCAAAGUACCCGAUGCUGUACAGCAUCCUGCAGAACGAAGCCUCCCCAGAGCUGAAGCAGAGAAUAGACCGGGACCGCAACAAGACCACUUACCAGGUCGACUUCUGCGAGUCAGGUCCCGGAGCCAAGUUCGAAGGUCUCCAACGAGCAGCAGACGAGAGCGGCACGGGUCCGUGUGCGCAACCGAUGCGCUUGCCCGGGGAUCCAUGCCGCGUCGGGCCCAAGCCACCCAAGGCUGCGCCCAAGACCAUCUCCAAGCAGGCAGGCGCCGGCGCCACCAGCGAUCCCAGAGCAAAAUGCGAAACGACAUCUGCCACUCCACCGCUUGGACGCACGGAGUACCAGGACGGCGUGUCCAAGCUCGGCGCCAUCAUCAUGCGAGACAAGCUGCAUCGGAGGUAG